UAGAGAUGUGGUUAGCUAGAGCUGCUGUUAGCUAGUGGGUGCUUCACAAAUUUCGUCGAGUAUUGAACAGCUCAGUCAGACAGGGAGUUUUAACGAAGGUCUGCUUGUCUUUUGGAUGAGUAAAUUUUAUAGCCAACCUCUUACCAAGACAACAGAGGGCGCUAUAUAAACUACAGCUUAUAUAUUUCUUACCUUUUACCCGGAUGUUGCAUUUAGCAAUAACACGUGGAUGUAAAUAGAACCGAGUCGCCUCAGAAAUGGAUUUUAACAUGGAGAAAACGAGUUCACAGGCCCUGCUGUCAUGUGGCAACGGAGCAGGUCUCAGUGAGAAGCUUCUCCUCAAGCCAAGGGCUGGCAGAUCCCUGCAGACAGAGAGAGUCCCAAGAAGCAGUGUGUUGGAGCGGCUGCAGAGCUUCCUGCCUCAGAUGGCUGAAGCCAACGAGAAGCUGAAGCGGCAGAUGGAGGAGGCUCCUGCUGGACACUUCGAUAUAGAGAGUGUGGAGGAGGCACAGAGGGUCAUAGAGAUGGAUGUAGCACUGGUGGAGCUCAACGGUUCAGACAGUGAGUCUGAAGAUGACGAAGAAUCGUCAGACUCUGAGGAGGAAUCUGACUCUGAUGAUGAGCAAGAGAUCACAGAGCAGAACCUUAAACUACCUGGAGACAAAGGCAAGAAGACGAAAGCCAACAUCCAGGUUCUGGACCAGUAGGGGGGAAUAGACGAGUCAGCUGCACAGACUUUUUGCUGCAUGUUGUUUCUUUUCUCCCUGAGGUGAUAAAAACCAACCAGUGACAAAACCUCUGCCUCAGGGGUGAAGGGACUUUAAAGCAACUUCAUGGACACACAGAAGUGGUGAAUGGAAAAGCUCUUGUGCAGAGGCAAAGCUGAGUCAUUGUUACGGGAACAACAGUACAUGUUAUUUGACUGGAUUGAUGUCAUAGUUGCAAAAGGCCUUUGGAGCCAGAACAGAUAUUGUGAUUACCUCAUCCAGUCUGACCAUCAGCUGACCACGAGACCUCUCAUUGUACACGAAGUGUGAAGUGGAUAACACUGUGGCUCACCUUGUUUUGAUGAGUGUGCACGCAUCAGCUCAGGCUACAAGCUAUUUGAGGAAGAUGGGCCACCUGAGAAGAGAUGAGGUGAGGUACAUGGUAGCGUGUACACAUACUCUUCUACAUUUAGAUUUAUUCAUUUUUAAAUUAAUGAAGUUUCAUCAAGUUGUUGAAAUUAAAUACCAUAUUCUCUGGCUGGAUUGGUCAGAAUAGUCUGAAAGUUUUAAUCAGAGGUAUAUCUUUUGCUCAUGAGUGUUGCCACUUUAUUAUAUUUCACAUCCCAAAGGUGUUCUGUUGGAUUCAGAUCUGCUGACUGGACAGGUCAUUGAAGUACUCGGACCUUGGCUGUGUGACAUGCUGCAUUAUCAUGCUAGACGUAGCCAUUAGAAAAUGGUAAACUGUGACCAUAAGGGGCUGCACAUGGUCAGCAGAAUACUCAGAUAGGCUGUGGCAUGUAACUCAUGCUCAGCUGCUAUUAAGGGGAGUAAUAUGUGCUAACAAAAUAUUGUAUCAUUACACCACCACCAUCACCCAGGUCUGCCUGGUCCAUGAAUUCAUGUUAUUUAAAUUCUGACCAUGUGGAGGCUGCAUUCUUUGAGUCUACUGUCCAGCUUUGGUGAGCCUGUGCCCACUGAAGACGCUGUCUGCUGUUGCAGCCUGUUUAAAUCAAGGUUGGACAUGUACACUCUGAGAUGCUUUCUCCCCACUGUAGUUGUAAGGGUGGUUAUGACUUACCAUAGCCUUUUCCAUCAGCUCCAACCAGAAUUUCUUCCUUACAACUUAAAAUGUCAUGCUGGCAAAUGGUUGGAAGGAUGGCAGAGUAUAAAGAUUUAAAAUGCAGUUGUCUUCUAAUUGUUGUUGCUCUUAGUAUGACUAAGUAAGACUUUUUUGUAUAAACUGUUGUUAUACUGAAUGACAUUUCAGUGGUUGUCUUCUGUAAAUUGAAAAAAUGUAUGAUUGAUUGAGUCACUAUAUUUUGCCCAGAAAUUAUUAAAACUACUACUACUA